AUGCUGCUCAAGGCAACGUCACAGCAAUCAGCCUUCCAGACUGUGGCCCUCUGCCCACACGGUCGUGCAAGGGUACCCAGCAACCAGCCGCGGCGGGUCAUCAUCAACGCCUUUCUUUUCAAUCCUUUAUUAAAAGGCAGCAGUAGUAAUGGCAGUAGUGGUGGCGCCAGCCGCAGCCGGGAGACAAUUGCAAGUCGCCUGAGCGAGCUCCGAAGCCCGCCAGAUGACGAUGAUCGCGCCGCUUUCAGCCAGCGCCCAUCUCGCGAGUCAGAGGACGACAGCAACGCGGAGGACGAACCCUCAGGCACAGGAGCAUCGCAUGAGGAGGCGGGAGCAGGGCUACGGGUCCGGAUACAGAUGGGCCCCUGGCCAGCGGAAACCUCGGACGAUGGCGACGGGGCCGACCCUGCUCAAGGCACGGCGGGAGCGCGCGGGAGGUAUCAAAGACGCUAA